CCGCCCCGGGAGCUCUGGGUCCCCGCCCACCGCCAGUCACGUGAGUCGGCAAAAUGGCGGCGCUCGGGCGUGAGGCUGGAGAGGACUUGAGGGCUGCAGGUGUGGGGCCGGUGAGAGCUGGGGAAGCGCCCAAGGACAUCAAGGUGCCAACAUACACGCAUGGUCAGUCCAGUCCUUCUCUAGGAGAUGCAAAACUCAGAAAACCAUUGGUCAUCGAAAUCAUAGAAAAAAAAUUUGAAUAUCUGAGCAAAGAAAAGACUUUAAAUAUAUAUGGAACAGUGACCUUUGGAACAACAGCUGGUAUCUCUGGAAUAUUGGCAAACUUCAUUUUCAGACAUUGCUUCAAGGUUAAAUUUGAUACUUUGAAGACAUAUGCAUCACUGACUACACUACCAUUUUUGUCUACCAUAGUUUCUUAUAAGCUUCUUGUCACAGAUGCUUUGUAUUCAGGUAAAAUAAGCCAGGAAAAUUGUGUUCUGAGAAGUUCACUGAUUGGCAUAGUGUGUGGUAUUUUAUAUCCCACUGCUUUGGCUUUUUCUAAAAAUGGACGUCUGGCAGUCAAGUAUCAUACUGUUCCACUGCCACCAAAAGGAAGGGUUUUACUUUAUUGGCUGCUGCUUUGUCAAACAGAGAUAAAAGCAAUGAUGCUUCCUCUCAUCCUUCAGACGGCCUUUGGAAUAUUUCUUGGUCUACAGCAUUAUGCAAUGUUUGAAAGUACACUUGAGAAAACUGUACAUGAAGAUUAACCAAAGAAUGAAUGGAUACUAAAUCAGCAGAAUGGACUUUUUUAUGAUGAGGACUCAGGCUUUGCUGAGAGAGUUAAAAGUAAUUCUGGAUAGACAAUUUGUUUCUUUUCCUUUUGCCUGGUAUUUAUAUAGCAGGUGCUCAAUAAAUAUUCAGUA